AUGCGCGGCUCCGUCGCCAUUUCAUUUCUCGGUGGGGACAAGAUGGCGGCGGCGGUAUCGGCAUCGGCAUCGGCCGGGCCCGCGGGCGGACAGAGCGGCGGCUCCACCGGCAACACCGGCCCCAACGGCAACACCGGCAUCCUCAUCGGCGACAGGCUCUACUCCGCCGUCUUCCUCACCAUCGACAACUCGCUCAUCCCCGCGGACAAGCUGUCGCCCACGCCCGCCAUGCAGGACGGCCUAACGCUGGAGGCGGAGAGCGACCUCCGCAUCCUGGGCUGCGAGCUCAUCCAGGCGGCCGGCAUCUUGCUGCGGCUGCCGCAGGUGGCCAUGGCGACAGCACAGGUCCUAUUCCAGCGCUUCUUCUUCUCGAAGUCCUUUGUCAAACACAGUUUUGAGAUUGUCGCAAUGGCGUGUAUCAAUCUUGCAUCAAAAAUAGAAGAAGCACCUCGUCGCGUAAGAGAUGUGAUAAAUGUGUUCCACCAUUUGCGCCAGCUAAGAGGCAAAAGGAGUCCGACACCACUGAUACUUGAUCAAAACUACAUUAACACCAAAAACCAAGUGAUCAAGGCAGAAAGACGAAUCCUGAAAGAGUUGGGAUUUUGUGUUCAUGUGAAACAUCCGCACAAGAUUAUUUUUAUGUAUCUUCAAGUCCUUGACUGUGAACGAAAUCAAACUCUAGUUCAGACAGCUUGGAAUUACAUGAAUGAUAGUCUCCGCACGAGUGCAUUUGUCCGGUUUAAACCAGAGACUAUCGCCUGUGCUUGCAUCUACCUUGCAGCCAGAGCAUUGCAAAUUGUUUUGCCAAAUCACCCUCACUGGUUUGUGGUUUUCGGUGCAACUGAAGAGGAAAUCCAGGAUAUCUGCAUCACUACUUUAAAACUUUACACACGAAAGAAGCCAAACUACGAGCAUGUGGAAAAGGAGGUUGAAAAGAGGAAAGUUGCACUACAAGAAGCUAAGUUGAAAGCUAAAGGGUUAAACCCAGAUGGAACUCCGGCACUUUCCACACUGGGAGGCUUCUCCCCGGGAUCUAAACCAUGUUCACCCAGAGAAGUUAAAGUAGAAGACAAAACACCUGGAGUUCAGAAUCCUAAACCUAUCAAGAAGGAACUAGAAGAACGGCAAAUUAAUGCCAAUAAAAGUCCUUACAAUGGGUUGAGGAAAGAAAAUAAACCAAUUCGAAACAGUAGGAGCAUCAGUCGUUCAAGGUCUCGAACAAGAUCAAGAUCCCAUUCUCCCCGAAGGCAUUACACCAGGAGAAGCAGGUCUGGGACGUACAGUUCUCAAUCGAGGAGCCGGUCCCACAGUCGCAGUGCUUCUCCCCGGCGCCGGCACAAUCACACGUCGCCGCACGUCAAGCCAAAGCCUCCGCGGGAGGAGCCAAAGAUGGCCGUGCGGCACGGGCACAAGAGGAAGAAAUCGCACAGUCGGUCCCGCAGCCGCAGUCAAUCCCAGGAGCGCUGCGACCCCGCCAAGAAGCGGCGGCACGACAAAGAGCAUCAACGGGAUCGGCACGAGCGCUCGCGGUCUUACGAUAGGAUCCACAAGGGCAAGCACCACGGCACCGGCCACUCGGCCCAUGGCAGGCACCGGCGGUAAAGUGGCACAGCUUGUGCCCGCAUGUAAUUACGUUAAAUGUGUAGUUUAUUAACUUGUAAAUGAUGCUUUUUAUAAGGAUUUGUUUCAAGGGUGUUUUUGCUUUGUGGCGGUCAUUAAUGGAAAAACAAAUGAGGGAGAAUUUGCACACUUUGAGAAAUAUAGAUAUACUUUAUUUGACAGUGUACAGGUAACCAUGGACUCUUGUGUAUGCUGAGUUUUUCUCUAUUCUACAGAAUUUGACGGGAGAUUGCUGUAGAAAUGUACCUUAUUUUUAUACAAUGAAAAUGGACACUGGUACAUUUACGUACAAGUUCAUUUGUUUAAAAACUGUGGUGAUUACUUUGUUGGACUUUUUUUUAGUCUGCAUGUGGUCAUUUUUACAGAAAUAAAAGCAAAAAAAAAGCAUGCUGUUUGCUGUCCUGUUUUCAGGAACUGGGGAAAGCCAAAAGAAAACGUCAUCUGCAGAGAUGACAGUUCCACCUCUUCCAACAUGUGAUGGCAAACCUUCCAAUGUGCAUUACCUCUGGAAAACUAUCUAAUUCCCUGCUCCGGUCACUGGUUUAGAUCUGUUGUUGUCACGUGAACCAAGGUACAUUGGAAAAUGUUGUUUUGCUAGCUAUCUGGUAAAUAUAAUCGUCAAACUAGGGCAUAGAGUGCAGAAUAUGAUUCUCGGCAUGACCAAUCCAGCAACAAAGUCCAAUGUCUGCAAUGGGGUAGAGGCGAAUCGUACAGUGCCCUAGCUUAUAGUCAUAAACUAUGUACGCACGAGUUUUGCUAAAGUUCACUUCUCCAGAAUGGAUAGUUUUCCAUUGCGAAGCAGUUUUUGUGGCUGAGCUUGUUCUAAAGGCUUUGUUUUGGCCACCACUGGGAUGUAAGCCACCUCUUGGUGAGACUGAAUAAAGAGAGGUAGGGGAUAAGUUAUGGAAUGAUCAGCCAUGAUCAUAUUGAAUGGCGGUGCAGGCUCGAAGGGCCGAAUGGCCUACUCCUCCACCUAUUUUCUAUGUUUCUAUUUGUGAGAAGGUAGUUGCUGUAUAUUUUUACAAAGAUGCAAUAGUUGGGAGAUUGUAUCAAACGCAACAGCUGUAUUUACUCCAGCUUCUGAAGUACACGGUUAAAGUGCAAAAUGGAGAUAAAGGCACAGCAGAUGCAAGUUUACAAAAAAAAAGACAAUGCUGGAGUAAUUCGAGAUCUGAAAUGGCACCUCCUCAUGUCCUCUGGAUGCUGCCCAACCUGCUGAAUUACUCUGGCACUUAGCAUCUUAUGUUCAAGUGAAAAGCUUUGCCACUUCUAGUUAUUUUGAAAUCAAUUGUGUUUUUAUGGAGUAAGUUGGGUUGCAACAAGGCAGGUCAGCACAACUGCCUUGUUGCAACUUUUUAAACAACUGCAUUUUUGUUUGUUUUUAAGGUGCAUUUUGCUCUGUCUCUGAAGCCCUGGGUUACGGUAUGGCUCCUGAAAUUUAACAUUGAAAUGUUAAGAGGCAUCCUGCAAUAUUCAACCCUUCCCACCCUCCCCAGGUACCUUCCCUUGCAACCGCAGAAGAUGCAACACCUGUCCCUAUACCUCCUUUUGGGACCCCGAUAGUACUUUCAGGUUAGGCAGAGGUUCACUUGCACCUCCACCAACCUCAUCUACUGUAUCCAUUGUUCAGGAUGUGUACUCUUAUACAUCGACGAGACCAAACGUAGACUGGGCGAUCGUUUCACUGAACACCUUCACUCAGUCUGAAGUAGGGUUUCGACCCGAAACUUUGCGUAUUUCCUUCGCUCCAUAGAUGCUGCCUCACCCGCUGAGUUUCUCCAGCAUUUUCGUCUACCUUCACUCAGUCUGUCUGAAACUACCUGAUCUCCCGGUUGCUAAACACUUUAAUUCUUCCCAUUCCCACAUGGACCUUUCUGUCCUAGAUCUCCACCAUUGUCAGAGUGAGGCUGAAACACAAAUUGGAGGAACAGCAUCUCAUAUUUUGCUUAGGCAACUUACAGCCCAGUGGUAUGAAUAUUGUUCUCUAACUUCAAGUAACCCCACCAUUCCCUCUCUCUCUAUCCCUCCCCCACCCAAGUCGCAUCAGCUUCUCAUUUUCACCCAACAAGCUGCUAACAAUGGCCCGUUUCCUUUAUCAUCGUUACUGUUUUGCAUAUCUUUCAUUCUUUGUUCUUUAUCUCUCAACAUCAUCAUCUAUAUCUUUUGUUUCUCUUUUUCCUGACCAUUUCCUCGACCCAAAGCGUCACCCAUUCCUUCUCUCCAGAGAUGCUGCCUGUCCUGCUGAGUUACUCCAGCUUUUUGGAGGAAAUGCUCCCAAGAUGGUCUGGUGUCCAACUCGGGCGACUGCGUGCUAGCCACAGAAACAGAUGUCCAAUCACAUUACAAUCCUUGUCUUUCUACUGACCGGUUAGCACGCAACAAAAGCUUUUCACUGUACCUCGGUACACGUGACAAUAAACUAAACUGAAACUGAACAAAUCUGAUAUGUUGACAAUGCCGUUGCAAAAACCCGCAUCUUAAAUGCCUUUUUAAAGG